GGGCUCCUCAUUACCACCAACAGCGACAACAAUGUCCUCCUCGUCGUGGCAGCCGUCUCCUAACGCCUCUCCAAAGGUCCGUGUUGCCGUAUCGUACGUAGAUGCGUUGUCUUCAUGGACACACCAUGACUCCCCUGCACGCCGCCGUGAUUCCUUUGCUGCUCUCUUUGCCCCAAAUCUAGAGCACCGCAUACUUCCUCGGUGCCUUAGCAGACCUGUCCUUAACAAGAAGCAGUAUAUCGAGUACAUAGAGCAACUCAUGCCCAUGUUCGCUGAAAUACAGUUCACGAUACACGAGCUUUUAGAAAUCGACGACGUGGUCGUGUUCCAUGGUUCAUCAAAAGGAUGGUCCGUCACGAACUCACCGUACGAAAAUGAGUUCAUGGUCAUCCUUCAAUUCACUACACUCGAAGAUGACCUCAAUCUACCGCCCCAAAUAGUUCGUGCUAAGGAGUUCGUUGAUAGCGAGACUUGUAGGGCAUUCUUCAAAGCCGAGCGUGAGCGCAUCAAAACAGCCUCGCGGUCAACGGCAGCGGGUUCAUGAAUUACGAAUCACGCAGAUAGGUCGCCCCAAACGCAAAUAGAACAAGCCCCUGCUACAAAUACAUCGUUAUAAAAUGUAAGGAAACCAUAAUACACAGGAUCAGAUGCAUAAUUAUGAUAGCAUGGGUACUUGGGAUGUAUCGAGUAUAUAAAACUAUGCCAUAACUAGGAAAACAAAGAUAUAUAAAUCAGUAUAAAAAGCCUGCCCACA